CGGGGAUUGAUCUAAGUCGUUUCGUUAACUUAUGUAUUCAUUAUAGCGCUUUCAGAAAUUCUGUCGAUUAGUCUUGAUAAGAUUAUAUUUCCGUUUUUCUUAAAUUACUGAUUAUCUUUCUAAAGUUGUGAUCAAGUCUCACCAUGUCCGAGUCGGCCUAUACCAUUAUCCUCCACGGCAACGACGCCACAGGAAAAACGACCCUCGUCCCUGCUCUCAGGGCGGCUGGCCAGGUCGUUUAUGCUCGUGGCGACGAAGAUGCCACACUCGAAGACACAAUCGUCGUUAGGGGGUUCGAUAAACUCACAUUAAAACUUGCUGGCGACGACCGAGCUACUCUCCCUGAGUUGUACACAGACAAAGAUGGAGUUCAGCGUAGAAUUGUGAGAAUUGUCCUCGAUGCCGAUGUCCCUGUACUUCAGGGGCGUCUUGCGGGCCGGCCCAGCACAGAUAAGUGGGAGUCGGAAAAAGCCCUCUUCUAUUUCCGCGCACGAUUCUUGGUAUGUUUACAUUCACGUGACAUCCCACUUUCUCGCUAGACAAUUUUUAACAAGGUUUUAUCAGGAACUAGCCGCAUUCUACGGUUUACCCAUCGUGAAUACCGGAAAAAAGGGCGUCGACGAAAGCGUCUCUGAUAUUAUUGCCCUCUGCCGUAACACUGAGGUCCUCACACUCUUCUCCAGGCUUGCCUUGCGCACACUGACUCCUGACGACGUCGCUUCCUUAGCCGGUCGCCGCGCGGUAGUCGCGGGAGUGGACUAUGCUAAGCGCCUGGAAGAGAUCAUCGCCACCGAGUGCGGUGAGACGUCGCUCUUCACACCCGAAGAUGUUCGUGCUCAAUGCCUUCGUGACCCAGGUCUCGUGAAUGCGCUCGUCAACCAAUAUGACAAUUUACACGAUCCAAGUUCCCAAUUACGCCUCCGUCUGGUCGUCGAGGGAGAAUCGAAGCAAAUCUACAAGGUUGAGACGCCCCUGACACGUGAUUUCGACAACCGAGUCCUUGUCUUUCUCAAGCCAACCAUCUAUUCGCACAGCAAGCAAUCAACGGCGGAGAUCUCAGGUCUUAGUGCAAUUCGUGCAGCUGGCUCCCGUCUCUUCCUGGAGAUGCUCCAUCGGGCAGGUAUCAGCCAUACCUACCUCGGCCUGAACAAGCAUGGACUCAUCUGGGCAAACGGGACUGAGAUUACUAUGAUCGAGACAGUGUAUAAGGAACUCUGCGCAGGAACAGACAAGCAUUCCUUCUUCGGCAUGGUCACCGAUCCCGCCAUCACACUGCCGACAGGCCAGUAUAAGCGUGGGCCGUAUGUCCGCUUCGACUGGCGCAACCCAAAUCAUGUGUACAAAGGAGUCAAUCCUGCGAAGCAUCCGUUCUACUACCUUAUGGAGUCAUCUGUAGGCAAGAACGUCUUUUACGAGAACUUUCUUACUGCGCGCGCAAAGCCGUUUGGGGAUAAGUGCGUGCCCGAGGAACUGGUACAUGGCGUGCAAGCCGUCGAGCCAUCUGUGGACUGGACGACGCGCAUCUUCUUCACCAUGCAGCACUACCUUCAUCAGAUCGGGCUCGAGGUUCAGGAUGGAUGUAUUAUGCUCGAUCCCACCGGGCAAACAAUGUGGUCAGAGAUCAACCAGGACUGUAUGCGCCUCAAGCGAAGAGAGACCACGACUGCGAACAGCCCAGAUGCAUUUGACAAGGACGUCUGGCGCGCUGGCGGUAGCGCGGUAAAAGAAUCCAUCCUCGACAAAUGGAAUCAGCUUAACGCCCUCCUCAGAGCGCAUCUUGCCAGCCGCCCUUUCCAUGAGCACGAGAUGGUCGCUCCUCACGAGGCAUAUGGCCUACACGCGCGGGAAGUGCUGGCGGACAAGAACCUUACACCCACGCCGCGCUACAGAGCGCUUUACGAGCGUCUUGUCGCGCAUGAUCGAUCGAAACUGCGGUCAAAUUAGUGUAAAUCCAUCUAAAAAGCGGGAAACCAAGAAAAAAGGCAACAAAAAAGUGUUAUUAGGAGUUAGAGCCCCUUCUUAUAAGGAGCAAAAUGUUUAGUGACCCCAGAACUUGUAGAAAAAAGAAAUUUAUAUAAAUUACCUGGCUAAA